GAAUCUACGCCUGUUGUCCUGUCUAAAAUCUUUCUUCCUUGCUGUGCAUACUUCAUUCCAUUGGUUCUGACAACAUUAGGCCGGAAAAGCAACAGAGAAGGCUGUGUCUGAAGGUGCCUAAGUAAGAAGAAAGCUGUAAUGGAUCCGGUUGUGGUCCUGGGGCUCUUUCUCUCCUGUUUGCUUCUCCUCUCCCUGUGGAAACAGAGCACGGGGAAAGGGAACCUCCCGCCUGGCCCCACACCUCUGCCAAUUAUUGGAAAUAUUCUACAGCUAGAUCUGAAGAAUGUAAGCAAAUCCUUAAGCAAUUUAACUCUCAAAGUCUAUGGCCCUGUGUUCACGGUGUAUUUUGGCAUGAAGCCCAUUGUGGUGCUGCAUGGGUAUGAAGCAGUGAAGGAAGCCCUGAUUGAUCGGAGAGAGGAGUUUUCUGGAAGAGGCAGUGCCCCAGUAUCUGAAAAAUCUAGAAAAGGGCACGGAAUCGUGUUCAGCAAUGGAAACAGAUGGAAGGAGACCCGACGCUUCUCCCUCAUGACCCUGCGGAUUUUGGGGAUGGGGAAGAGGAGCAUUGAGGACCGCCUGCAAGAGGAAGCCCUCUGCCUUGUGGAGGAGCUGAGGAAAACCAACGCAUCACCCUGUGAUCCCACUUUUAUCCUGGGCUGUGCUCUCUGCAAUGUGAUCUGCUCCAUUAUUUUCCAGAAACGUUUUGAUUAUAAAGACCAGACUUUUCUUAACUUAAUGGAAAGACUGAAUGAAAUAACAAAGAUUCUAAGCUCUCCAUGGGUACAGCUCUGCAAUGCUUUCCCUGUUCUCCUUCAUUAUUUCCCAGGGAGGCAUAGGAAAGCCUUGGAAAAUCAGCUUUAUUUAAAAACUUAUGUUAUAGAGCAAGCGAGGGAACAUCAAGCAUCCUUGGACAUUAACAAUCCUCGAGACUUUCUCGAUUGUUUCCUCAUCAAAAUGGAGCAGGAAAAGGACAAUCCACAUUUGGACUUUACUUUCGAAAACUUGGCAUUCACUGUAUAUGAUAUCUUUAUAGCUGGGUCAGAGACCACAAGCAGCACCCUGAGACAUGCUGUCCUCCUGCUGCUGAAGCACCCAGAGGUCACAGCUAAAGUCCAGGAAGAGAUUGACCGCGUGAUUGGCAGACACCGGAGCCCCUGCAUGCAGGACAGGAGCCACAUGCCCUACACGGAUGCUGUGGUUCACGAGAUCCAGCGAUACAUCGACCUCCUCCCCAUCAAUCUGCCUCACGCAGUGACCUGCGAUGUGAACUUCAGAAACUACCUCAUCCCCAAGGGCACAACUAUAUUAACAUCUCUGACAUCUGUGCUGCAUGAUGACAAAGAAUUUCCCAACCCGGAGGUGUUUGACCCCGGGCACUUUCUGGACGAGUGUGGCAAUUUUAAGAAGAGUGACUACUUCAUGGUUUUCUCAGCAGGGAAACGGAUGUGUGUAGGAGAGGCCCUGGCCCGCAUGGAGCUCUUUUUAUUCCUGACCGCCAUUUUGCAGAAAUUCACCCUGAAAUCUGUGGUCGACCCAAAAGACAUUGACACCACGGCAAUUGUCAAUGGGCUUAUUUCUGUGCCACCUCCUUACCAGCUCUGUUUCAUUCCUGUGUGAGAAAGGAGAAACCAUGGGUCUUCUCUUGAGAUGUUGUCUGCAACUCCCUCUCAUCUGGGCAUCGUUUACCUGCUUCCCUCUUCAUCCUCUCUGUGGAGUUUCUUCUCUGACCUCUUCUUUCCUCAUCACCCAUUCUCUCCAGAUCCAGAAACAUUCAUUCUCCAUGAAGGGAGAAUUUGCCGAGUUUCACUGCAGAAUGUAUCUGUUAUUCCCUAUACUCUGAAACAAUUGUAUGGGCCAUCACAUAUGCUAAACUUAUAGAUUCUUGAGUGGUACUACGAAGCCAACAUGAAAUAGAGCAAGAUGUUUUGUGUAUGCCAAUGCAGAGCCAUUUCUCUCCCGUAUGUGCUAAAAAAGCAUGAUUUGCUGAAUGGGAUCUCAGACUUUCCUUCCUUUGUGCAGAGGGCAGGUAAGAAAUUAAAGAAAAUAGUCCAAAGGGGCCGUGCUCAUCCUCAUAAGGAUACUCACAGAGAAAGACAAAGGAGAUGAGGCAGGAAAGCCCUCUUGGCUCUGUGUCACUUAGAGUUACUCGAGGUUUGGAUGUAAAGGGAGAAAAACUGUGUUCAGGAGCAGCUUCAUCACAUAGAGAAACAUUAAGAACAGUGAUAGUGAGGAAUUAGAUGCAAAAUAAGCCACAGAAGAUAAAAAUGAAAAUCAGAACUGAAAUUUAAAAAUGUUAAACAGGAGGUCAAUAGAAAAAAUCAAUGGGAAAAGAAGCUGGUGUUCUUGAAAAGUUCCAUAAAAUUAAUAAAUUCACGGCCAGUCCGCCCCGAAAAAAGAGAGAUCACAAAAGACUAAAAACCAAGGUAAAUAAGGUCCUAUUGCUUUGAUGCUAUAAACAUUGAAAUGAUAAUAAAGGGAUAUUGUGAACAUC